AUGGCGGAGAGUAAGGGUAAGCGCGCUGUCGUUUUUCUCUCCUCGUCUUCCGAAGAAGAAGACGACAACGUCGCCGCAGUACUACUCUCUAGCGAUGAUGAUGAAUAUCAGGAUGAUCUAGAAGUCAUCAAAUCCGACGGCAGCGAUGACGAUAUUGGCGAAGAAGAAGAGGAAUCUGACUAUCCGAACAAAGAUCAACAAGAGGACGAUGACGAUGAGUCGCUUUGCAACAAAAUUAUUCGCCUUUUGACAGAAAAUAGGGAAUUAGAUUCUUUGAAGCUUAAAGACUGCAAAGCGUAUUUAAGGACUUAUGGCCUUAGAUUAUCCGGGAAUAAGUCUGUUUGUUUGCAGAGAAUUAAGGAGCACUGGAGGUUAAAAGAUGGAAAUGGUGAAACCUUGUAUCCUAGACCAUCAUUUUCCAUCAAUUGUACUGGUGAUGUCUGCAAGGGAGAUGUUGUCCUGUUUAGGCAGAAAGUUUAUGAGAAAUUGAGACAUGGGCGGGUUCUAGGGAAGAGAAUUGUUGUUGGAAGAGUUGUUAAGGAAAGCUAUGGCACAGCCAAACAACAACAUACCUUUACUGUUGAAGUUUUUUGGAGUAGGGGAGUUAAGAAGUUGCCUCCACUCUUUCCUUUGCUUGUAAAGGGCCGUAAUCUCUAUAGAAUGAGAACUUUCAGACAGUGUUGGCAUGACGAAGCUGAGAGGCUGAAAGUGCUCGCUGAAAAGCACAGGCGAGGUGAUGCAGCUAGGUCUGAGAGAGCAAUGAGGAAAACACAGAACUUGACUUCUAAUAGGGGUAUGAUGGAAUGGUGCAAUUUCUCUAAUGUAAGAAGUGCCAGAAAGAAUUCCCUUCUGAAGGAAGAUCUAAAAUGA